GACAUUGCUCCUAUCCCUAUGAUGAUCCUCGACCAAGAAUGUUUUAUUAUGGAGAAUCAAAUAUUCCAAUUGGGCCAAUGGAACAUUAUACGCUCGCACCAAAUGAUAUUGGUUUUAUCAGAAUAUCAAACCCAGAUAACAUGCUGAAACCAAAUAUACAGAAUACCCCUACAGGUGCACAUAUAGAGUACUUUAUUAUAGGAAGCAUUGAAAUAAUUAAUUCUGGUGUUCAUAUAUGUAAGGCGGGUACUGCAACUAGUGUUACUUGCGGUCGUGUGAAAGCACUUAAUGUAAACGUUGGAAGUCAAACAGGUGUUAAAGUAGGUCUCAUAGCAGCAUCCGUAUUCUCUGGUCCUAAAGAUAGUGGCGGAUCUAUGUUUCAUUACGUUUACA